GCCCAAACGAUGAGGCGUCAGUUUUAAAAUCCACAAACAAAGAGGGCAGAAAGCUAGGGUUUUGUGGCGGUGAGAGCGCAGACUUGAAAAUUUACUAUAAAACUGCCGUUUACUCGUUACUCUUCGGAUCUGUGCUCUGUUAUUCACUUAGUCGAAGCUCAAAACCAGGAAUUUUGCUGAAGACAAUCUUAAAAGGUCUCCUUUCAAGAUGAGUCGGCCAAUGGAGGAAGAUGUUACCAAAAAUGAGGAGGAGGAGUUCAACACAGGACCUCUCUCAGUACUCAUGAUGAGUGUCAAAAAUAACACACAGGUACUCAUUAAUUGCCGCAACAACAAAAAACUUCUUGGCCGUGUUAGAGCCUUUGAUCGACAUUGCAACAUGGUUCUUGAAAAUGUCAGGGAGAUGUGGACCGAGGUACCAAAGACUGGUAAAGGCAAGAAAAAGGCAAUGCCAGUUAACAAGGACAGAUUCAUUAGUAAGAUGUUUCUCCGUGGAGAUUCUGUAAUCAUCGUUCUUAGGAAUCCUAAGUGAGUGUACAGGGCUGUUCUUGAAGCUGACCAAUCAUGUGAGUGGAUGAAGUAAGAAUUAUAUCUGAAAUGUGUAUUUGCUGCUACUUAUCAUUGCAGCAAAACUUAACUUGGUUUUAGCACAUUCCUUUGGGCUCUAAACGGAAAGGUUCUGUAUUGGCUGUAAAACCAAUUGCGAUACUCUUGUGUCUAAGCUGUUGAGGUAGCUUUUAUCUUUUUGAACACAAUUGACAGGAGUAGUUAACCCUUGUGAAGUUACGUCUUGAUGCCAUUGUAUCUGUAAAUGUACUUCUCUAGUUCUUCA